AUGUUCGAUGAGUCACUCAGAAUGGAGACUGAUGAUGUAUUCAGGAGUUCGUUGCCGCUCCUGCGCUGGCCCCCGCCACAGCGACAGUCGACGAGGCGCUUAUCCAGCAGUACCAGGCGGAGAUGCAAGAGGCGGCCAAUGCGCCCCUUCCGGAUGAUGACGAUGACAUUUGAGCGCUUCCGUAGCAAAACAACUCGAUCGAGUACAUUCGGUGUGGUUCAGGAUUGGUAA